AUGGUGGACUACAGCAAGUGGAAAAACAUUGAGAUCAGCGACGAUGAGGAUGAUACGCAUCCAAAUAUUGACACUCCUAGUCUCUUCCGCUGGCGACACCAGGCCCGGAUAGAGCGAAUGGAACAACUGGCCCAGGAGAAGGAGCAGGUGGAGCAAAAAAAGAAAGAGACGCAGAAGAAGCUUGAAGAGUUGAAGAAGAAGAAAGCCGCAGCGGAUGAUCAAACAGUAAUUGAAAAUGAGUUAAGAAAGCUGGAACUACAGAAGAAGGAGGUUGAGGUGAAGGAGAAGGAGUUGGAGAAGCAGGAACGAAGCACUCCAUGGAACGUCGACACCAUCAGCAAGGAGAGCUGGAGUAAGACCAUGUUCAAUAAACCUAUGCCUCGCAAAGAUCGCUCGCAAUUGACUGAUGAGGAGCAGGAGAAGAUUUACAAAGACUUUGUAGACAAGUACGAGUCAAAGAUCAAGGAGUUUGCCAUGCUCUCCAAGUUUGAUGAUCUUCGAAAUUUCCUCAUGCAGUACCAGGACUUGGCCUGCGAAGAGACCUCCACCUACCUGACCUUCUGGUGUCUGAACCUGGAGAUCGAAGGCAAACACGAGCUAAUGAAGCACAUCAGCAGACAGGCCAUCUGCCUGCACUACAUCCUCGAGCUGUCAAAGCACAUGGACAUCGAUCCCAGGGGCUGCGUGAAUGCAUUUUUUACGCGCAUUCAAAAGGCCGACAAGGAGUACAUGGACGCCUUUGAAGACGAGGUGAAGUCUUUCCAGGAGCGCAUUCAAACCCGUGCAAAGAAGCGCCUGGAAGACGCAAUGAAGGAGGUGGAGGAGGAGGAGAGGAAGCAACGGCUCGGACCUGGUGGCCUCGAUCCACAGGAGGUCUUUGAGUCGCUGCCCGAGUGUCUGCAGAAGUGCUUUGAGACGCGCGAUAUUAAGCUGCUUCAGGAGACGAUACUGACGCUGGACGUGGAAGAGGCGAAGCUGCACAUGAAGCGCUGUAUAGACAGCGGCCUGUGGGUACCUUCUCCAGGUGAAGCGGAGGCCAUUAAUGAGAGGUCCUCCUCCUCGACUCCCACGACGCCCGUCGAGCCUGAGGAGCCUGUUUACGCGGACACUACCGUUACCUCCACUACACAGUAG